GGCCAUCUUAAUAUUCUGAAAAAAAUCAGUCAAAUUUUAAUUAAUAUUUCUAAGUUCUGCACGUAAAACAAAUAGAAUAAAUAUGGGUUCCCGCAACGAGUGCCGCAUUUACGUUGGAAAUCUGCCACCAGAUAUCCGCACCAAGGACAUCCAGGAUCUUUUUCACAAAUUCGGCAAAGUGACAUUUGUGGACCUGAAAAAUCGGCGUGGUCCGCCAUUUGCUUUUGUCGAAUUCGAAGAUGCGCGCGAUGCUGACGAUGCGGUUAAGGCACGCGACGGCUAUGACUACGAUGGCUAUCGCCUGCGCGUCGAGUUUCCACGGGGCGGCGGCCCUGGGAGCUACCGUGGCAAUCGCAACGACCGCAACAAUGGGCGUGAUGGUGGUCGCAUGGGCGGCCGUGGCCCUCCGGCCAAGCGGUCUCAAUACCGUGUAAUGGUCACCGGCCUGCCCCCCUCUGGAUCCUGGCAGGAUCUGAAGGAUCACAUGCGCGAGGCUGGCGACGUCUGCUUUGCCGACACCUACAAAGACGGCUCUGGCGUGGUUGAGUUCCUGCGUCACGAGGACAUGAAGUAUGCCAUAAAGAAAUUGGACGACUCGCGUUUCCGUUCACAUGAGGGCGAGGUUGCCUACAUUCGGGUGCGCGAGGAUAGCGGUGAAAACGACCGCAGUGGUGGCAGUGGAGGAGGCGUAGGUGCCCGCGACAGCGUCCGUGACAGCGUGCGUGACAGGUCUCGUUCACGCUCAUUCUCAUCGAGACCGCGUCGCCGCGGCACCCCGACAUACUCGCCGGUGCGCCGUCAAUCCUAUUCCAGGUCUCGCUCACGCUCUAACUACUAAACACUACCAAUCAUCAUCCAUUAAGCUAUAAUAAUUCUUACAAGACGGAAAAGCAAGAUAAACUAAGUACUACCUUUCAAUCUUAACCCAAGCAAUCGAUUCACAUUGUAAAUUGACUAUCAAGCCACCGUGUUCCAUCAUUCAAUCAAUUGACCCAGUCAAAACCCACAGCACAGAUCAGUCAAACGAGAUUCGGAACAUCAGAAAGACAACACCACAAACAACUUGCUUUUCCCACAGUGCCACACGAUUUCAGGCAGAGAAACUCUUUUAAAACUACACUUAACACCGAACCAAACCGGAUGAUUUGACCAAAACUUUUCGCGAAACUAAAAUUGUAACUCAAGGAACCAUUUUUUGGCAAGCUUCCCUUGUUCAGCAUUCCUUGUUUUACCGAUUUUAAUUGUCUUUAACUGGCGGCUUCUCUUAGCCAAUAUUUUAUUAUUUUGGCUGCAAAAACCAAGCAUAAUUUAUUACAACAAAAGCAACAAAAACAAAACAAGAUUAAAACAAAAACAUCGAUUCCGAAUAAAUAUGCCUGUAAUGAGAUAACAAAAAUGAAACCAAACCCUGAAAAACCAGAACACAAACGCAAUGUCGCGAGCAUUUGAUCAACAAAUUAUUAAUAUUUAAUUUUUAUUUUCUUCUCUUC